AACGAUUGGCUGCUAACUCCAACAGCCAGGGGCAGACGGACCAUUGAAACAACCUUGCAGGCACUGCGCAUAUCUUUGCCCCACACAGCAGCUUCUCAGCACGGGCACCAUCACGUCUCCAUCCGGCAAGGACGGGUACAUCCUGGUGCUCAAACGAUGCUCCCAUAGACGACACAGUUAAAUUUUUCUAGAUUGCACCGUCAUGUUUGGACAGGGGCCGGAGACAGAGGCGUCUCUCUGGAUUUUAGGAUGAUACUGAAUCAAUUGGCUGACUAGACAGUUGGAAUCGGUUUAGAAAAGACUAAAAAUCACUUUCAGAUUUACCCUACCGAUCAAAAGAAGAACUGCGUGGCCGGGCAGGAGGAGGCUGGAGAGAAAAACUGACACGUGGAUUACUCCUCCUAGGGCAUCAGGAAAAACAGACUCACUCCUCAAGCUCAGUUCCGCGACCAUCGCCUGUGUUCCCGUAAGACCUGCCGUACAGGUUAUGGAUUAGAUUAUCGAACCCCCCCCCCCCCGAGAUAUGAUUAAGCAAAUACUUUAUGAGAAGGAUUAAUUUCUCUGAACGUUUACUUUUCUGACUGAUCUACCGGAAAGAGUAAACAGCCGAAGCGGUUGAAAGAAGGCUGCUGUUAACUCGCUGUUGAAUGGCAGUUAUUCAAAAAUAUGGCAAGAACUAUAGCUACGAUUUGGUCUGUCACAAGGAAAACCAUCCGUCUGACAAGAUCGGAGCUCCUGCAUGUCACAAGAAGUGGCCUGAACACACCACCUGGUCAAGGCCAGUGGCGAGGGUAUGGACGGUGGUGCUGCUGCUUGGGACAUGCCUCCUCUACUGCGCCCGUGUGGCGAUGCCCAUCUGUGCCGUCAGCAUGGCAGAGCAGUUCAACUGGAGCAAGAGGGAGUCCGGCAUGGUGCUGGGCAGCUUCUUCUGGGGCUACUGCUUCACCCAAGUGUUCGGAGGCUACGUCAGCGACCGGGUGGGUGGUGAGAAGGUCCUCCUGCUGUCUGCAGCAGCCUGGGGGUCGAUGACGGCCUUCACCCCGAUCCUGGCCCAUUUCUGCUCCCAGCCAAUCCUCUCCAUGACACUGGCCCGCUUCCUCAUGGGCUUAUUGCAAGGAGUUCAUUACCCUUCUCUGGCAAGUCUGUGCUCUCAAAAGGUGGUGGAAAGUGAGAGAGGCUUCCUCAUGAGCACUGUGGGUAGUGGCUCCUACUUGGGCACUCUGGUGAUUGGAGGGGCUGGCUCCCUCAUGUUGGACCUGUAUGGCUGGCAGAGUGUUUUCUAUGCAUCUGGUCUCCUCUCAGUCCUGUGGGCCUACUGCAUGUGGAAAUAUCUGCUCAAAGGAGAAGGGCCUAUCAUCACCCUGGAGUCCCUGGGAAGUGGUGGGCCCCAGUCCAAACUGUCCAAAAGACAUUGGUUACGGCUCCUAAAACAACCUGCAGUCUGCGCUGUGAUCGUUACACACCUCUGCACAGCAAGCACCUUCUUCACUCUUUUGUCAUGGCUGCCAACAUUCUUCAAAGACACUUUCCCGAAUGCCAAGGGUUGGGUGUUCAAUGUCAUUCCCUGGUUGGUGGCCAUACCCUCAUCCCUCUUCAGUGGCUGGCUAUCUGACCACCUCAUCAGUAAAGGCUUCGAUACAGCCUCAGUGAGGAAGUUGAUGCAGUGUUUCUCCAUGGGUGUGUCCAGUGUGUUUACCCUUCUUCUGUGUGGCAACACUACCUUCCCCUGGGCUGUAGCAUUUGUGUCUGCCACCAUGGGCCUCACCACCUUCAGUCACAGCGGUGUAUCUGUAAAUGUUCAAGAUCUUGCUCCUUCCUGUGCUGGAGCUUUAUUUGGUGUUAUGAAUACAUGCGGUGCUUUCUUAGGGGUCCUACUGGUGUAUUUUUCGGGGUACCUCAUUGAGGCCACAGGCUCGUGGGCAUCUGUGUUUGCCCUUAUCACCACCGUCAACCUGCUGGGCCUCUGCACCUUCCUGGCCUUCGCGGAGGCGCGCCGGGUCGACAUUGACUAUAGUAAGGUCCGUCACCACGACAUCCACAUCUAAAUCGUCUGCCAUCAGAGGGACAAGCAUUCUAUCCCCCAAGGGAGAUACGACCUGGGCAACCAGCAGCUAGGACAUUAUCCACAUUGGAGAACUAGCCUUUGGAUAGCAAGUAGCACACGGACAAAGUCCGCCUAUCACAUCUGGAAAACUUUGAUUGGCUCUGUGUCUGGUUGAGGAAGUACUGCAACAGUUACUGAAAAACACACAGCAGAGCCUGUACACUGUUACUGAAAAAUCUUGGGGCUAGAACGUCAAAUCCUAGAAAAACACAACUGGGUUAGAGGAUGCUCUGUCAUUGAGAACGAGAGAAGUCAUGGAAAUUGUUAUCCACAUAUUAUUAUAUGCGAGAGUGAUGGACGUGGUAGCCUCAGGAGCUCUCUGACAGUUGUGACAGACCACGUGGUGUGUUCUUACCCUGCAGGGGUGGGGGAGGCGGUUUGGGCACACGUGUGUGACGCAGGGACGCAGUCCAGCCUCUCGCACCUGAAGUCUUUUAUUAGUACGCCCCACUCACCCAUCGCUGUCUGAGUGACACCUCAUUACCCAGCCACUAAUUACUUGGCAGGCGCUGUAAUGUCCUGUACGAUCUACCUUCUGUAGUCCCCAUCUCCAUGGUUACAAGCUCAUCUUAUUGUUACAGUCGGAGGGGGUGAAAGGGAUCAUGGGAAGCCAAAGGUAAUUCAUUAUUAUUUUCUUUCUACGUGCUUGCAUGUAUUAGAAAUACCUCACUUAAUUAUUUUGGGUACUUAGAUAUUUAUAUGGCCUUUUAAUUUUUUUGGUUAAUUUUCAAAAGAUUUUUUUUAGACAAGAAAUAUAUUAAAUAUAUAUAAAGUUAGAUUACAGGAACAAUACAUAUAUUAGGUAAGUAAGCUAUCAACAGUGUGAUGCAGUAUGAAUAGACCUUUCUGCAAGUCUAGUUUCCUCACUUCUUUUCUGACCUGCACUUUGGUCCAUAUAUCAUUUUGGUGACACAAGGAAUGUUGCGGGGCACGUGAGAGGAUUAGAAAUCUUAGGUUCAACACAGUUGAGGAAGUGGAGAACAUUUAGCAUAUGGAUAUUACUGAGAAUUAUGUAGUAACAUAAAGCUAGCUGCAUAGCUCUGGUUGAAAGUGAUUUGUGGCAUUUAGCUUUGGCAUUCACAGCACAGUUUAAAGAUUUCAUUUUCAAUCUUGUUGUUUACUUGACACAUGUACCUUUUUAAAUCUAUGCAUUUAUUAUUUUGUGCCUGAUUUAAGCAAUGAGAGAAGUUUAAGAUAUGCUCACUGUGUCUUUUAUUGAUUAUUAUACAUUGCUACAUGUUUGCCUUCUUUGUAGGAGUUCUGUUGCUUCUGUGUGACUUGUUAUUGUUAUUCCAUACAAAGGCACAUACAUUUUCUUGGAUGUUUUCUAUAAAAACUUGGAAGUGUAUCCUUUGGCUGAAUAUUUUGUCGAUAUAGAUUUAAUUUCUGACAUGCCCAAUAUAUUUCUUACAUUGUCUAAGUCAGUGAAUACAAAAAAAAUGUGGGCAUAAGAAAUUAAUUGGAUUUUUUCAAACCUUUGCUCACUGUCUUUCAGAGUCAAGAUACAUUUUCUGUAUCAAACAUAUUUAGAUUGUGUGUGUGUUUUGAAUAAUUUAUUUUGAUAUCUAAUCUGAAAUUGAUAUAUCUGCGCCAAAUAUCACUUUGAUUCUGUUACUGUACCUAAACUAUCUUUUGUAGUGAUCAUACACAAAGUGUAUGCGUGGAUCUUUGAGAUACAUAAUUUAUUUACAAAAUACCAUGGUAUAAGUUACUCAGCCUUCAACAUUUUCUUUUGUCAAAAAAGACGCUCCACAUUCCUCAGAUGUUUUGCCGCCCUAUUUACAACUGCCUUUAUUGUUUGUUUGUUUUUCUGUUACUGUUAUGCAAAAUGUAAAGAAUUGUAAAUGUACAUGACUUCUGUUCCCCAACAUAUCUCACUGUAGGUUCCUGAAAGCCUUCUGACAAAUCCUUUUUGAUAACAUGUAAGAUAUGUAUGAUAAAGAAUACAUUCCUGCAAGAAAAUGCAGUAUUCUAAUGCUUUCAAGAUAUGUUGUAUUGAGAAGCAUUUAUUAACUUUGAAUAAAAAAAAUAUAUUUUGUCAAAA